UCUGCAUCCCUACGCUUCGGAUCGGCUAUGCGUCCCUUUCUUUUCGCUUUCUUCCAUAAAAUACAAAAAGAAGCGCACCAAAUCUGAGGAAAGGGAAGAAAAAUAUCGUUCUUCUUCUACUCCGCAAUUCUAUUGGAUCUCCGUUGCUCGAUUUUCUGAUUGUGUGUUCGCCGUAGCCCGUCGGCGAGCAAGAAAUCGGAGAUCAUGUAGGUUUAGGGGUACGAAAGAUCCUACUGAUCCGGGGAAGAAACGCAAGAAAUGCCCGAUUUCCGGCACAAGAGGGAGGAAGCUGACUUCGAUUUCGUGGUCCGCGGUAGCCUGGAUGGAUGCGUUAGCAGCUGCAGUUCGAACCGCGGCGGCGCCGAUGUGGAAGAUGACGAUCUGGCCGAAGAUGACGCCCCCGACUUGGUCGCUCGCCGGCGCCGGCGUUCCGCUCUAGAGGGAGAUGACAUCGCUGAAUCGUCUGCUGCUGCCCGGAGGCACUCUCGGAUCUUGAGCAGAUGGGUCGCACGCCACGCCGAGGAAAUGAUCACCAACAUCGAGCGGCGGAACCGCGAGUCCGAGCUUAUGGCGCUUGCGGGGCUACACACGGUCUCUACGUUGGAUUCCUCUUUUCUCAGGGAGUCCCGACGCUCUCCUUCGUCGGUGGAGCGGCCGGUUGCUGCUAGGGCUUCGGCGAUACUGCAGAGGUGGCGGGAGCUGGAGGACAUGUCCGGUGCGAGGGAGAGGAGAAGCAGCGCUUCCGGUGUUAGGGUUCGGUCAGAGAGAAGAGCGGCUACUGAAAGCGACGAUAACGGCUAUAGCCAGUGGGAUCGGGAACCUCUGGGACCAAGUAACGAAGAGGAUAAUGUCGAUGAUGAUGCUGAUAGAAGCUCUAGCAGGGAGCAGUCUCCGGAUCCUGGAGAUGGUGAGAGGGAGAGGGUGAGACAGAUAGUUCGGGGUUGGAUGGCUGAGGAAAGGAUAAGAGAAUCGUCGGCUCCGGACUUGUCACCAAGAAAUGAGAGCCCAAGAUCGGAAUGGCUUGGUGAGAAUGAAAGGGAAAGGGUGAGGUUGGUGAGGGAAUGGGUCCAGAUGUCUAGCCAACAAAGAGACCCUCGAGCAAGCAGGAGGGAGGGGCCUGAUCCAAAUUCGAAUCGUGAUGGUUCAGCGAUCGAUCAUCAUGAUGGGCAGGUGGAGCAUGUGAGGAGGGCCUCUCUAAGGAUACGUGGAAGGCAGGCUCGCCUUGAUCUAAUCAUGAGGAUGGCUAGGGAGAGGCAGAGGGAGAUUCAAGGAUUAUCAGAGGUGAGAGCUGUUUCGGGAUUUGCUCACCGAAGUAGGAUUCAGUCAUUACUCAGAGGAAGAUUCUUAAGAAAUGGAAGUACCACCGCUGAGGAUGGAAGACCAAUCUCUGUUGCAGCAAGAGAGUUAGGUCAGCUAAGACAAGGGCAUCCAGUCUCAGGUUUAAGGGACGGAUUUCACUUCAGGCCGCAGGGCAUUGAUGUUGGUCAGCGUAAUAGUCAAGUUGACAAUCUUUCUAGUACUAGUGUCAGUGAUUCCAGGAGUGAUCGUUUACAUUCAACAAAUGCAGUGCAGCAGUCAAAUUACAACCAUGAUCAAUCUGAAUCCAGAACCGAGACCAAUGAAAAUCAACUGUCAGAUUCAGCUCAGUUAGAAAGCAAUAGACCUCUUGAUGACAUGGAGUGGCAAGAAUCUGCUAAUCAAGCUGAACUUUGGCCUGAUGAAUCCUUAGAGCAUGGUAGAAGGGAGUGGCAGCAGUCUACUGAAGGUGGCUUGAGUGAGUGGCAUGAUGAGGCAGAAGAAUCUGAUAGUAACUGGCAUGAAAAUACAGACCAGGACUGGUUUCACAGAACACCGGAAGAUGCUGCGGAUGGUCAUCUACCAGAUUCAGAUGAUUGGCGUGAUAAUGAUUCACAAGCGACUGUCGAGAACUGGCUAGAUGAACCUUCUCAUCCUACAAGAAAUCAGUUUGAUGUUCCCACUAGUAGUGUUAAUAGAUUUGUUCAAUCUGAUGAUGAAAAUGUUCACAGUUUGGAACUUCGGGAACUUCUAAGCAGGAGAAGUGUCUCAAAUCUUCUCCAUAGUGGGUUUCGGGACAGUUUGGACCGGUUGAUACGGUCAUAUGUCGAGCGACAAGGUCGUGCUCUACUUGAUUGGGAUUUACAGCGAACUUCAACUCUUGAAUCCACAGAAGAUAUGGACCAGCAGAGGGAAGAUAUAGAACAGCAGAGGGAAGAUCCUAGAGAUGAUCGAGAAGAUAAUACUGUCAGGCCUCCCGUUGUCAUACCACCUCCACCUGCACCGCCAAGACAGCCAAUUUGGCAUUCUGUACUCUAUCGUAAUAGCUGGAGCAGACGGAACAUGCAUCGAACUGAUAUUGAAUGGGAUGCCAUUAAUGAUCUAAGAGCUGAAUUGGUGAGACUUCAGCAGGGGAUGAGUAACAUGCAGAGAAUGCUGGAGGCAUGCAUGGAUAUGCAGUUGGAGCUUCAACGUUCAGUUAGACAGGAAGUUUCUGCAGCUUUAAAUCGCUCUCAGGGGGGAGAAGGUUUGUGUGAAGAUUGGUCGGCUGAUGGAUCCAAGUGGACUAAUGUAAAGAAUGGGACGUGCUGCAUUUGCUGUGAUGUUCACAUCGACUCGCUUUUGUACAGAUGCGGGCACAUGUGCACCUGUUCCAAAUGCGCCAAUGAGCUAGUUCGAACUGGAGGAAAAUGCCCUCUUUGCCGUGCUCCGAUUAUUGAGGUGAUUCGAGCUUAUUCCAUACUGUAAUAUAAAUUCUUAGAAACCGAUUUUAAAAGGUUCAUUAAAAAAUGAGGUAAAGAAGCAAAAAAAAUAAGGUUUUUUUGGGAGGUGUUGAGAUUUUUGUCUACUGGAAGUGUUGGCCAGUUCCUCUCUCUGGGCUGUGUAUCUAUUAGUUUGUCCGCCAUUUUUUAUUUGCCUCUUUGUUCAUUGUCCAUAAUAUUAUAAAACAUUUUAAUGUUUCCUGUGUACGAUGAGAGAACACUGUAGCUUUUUUUUUUUUUCUACUGGUUGACAUUACAGAAGAGGGCAAUUAAUGAAAGAAAUGAAUUCUUUUGCUUUA